AUGGCAAUUACACAGACUGGUCAGUUUGGUCAGCUUGCUCGGCGUCGUGUGGCGACGGUUCCCGAACUCGUACACGAAGGUGUACGGAGCCCGAGCCUUUGUCAGGUGGGAAGACUUGUGCUGAACUUGGAGAUGAUAUUGAGAGCGACACUUGUUUUGAAGGACCUUGUCCUGGUAAGCCAUAAAAGCGUGAUUACCAAAUUAUGUUAUAAUCAAAAUAGUUACAAAAUCAAUGUGUGACAUCCCGAGGCCGAACCGUAACCUAACAGUUAGUUUGAACCUUUCAUAAUUUAUGUCCUGGUAAGCCAACCAUAGCCUUAGCACAACCCAACCAUAGCUUAGCACAACCCAACCAUAGCUUACCACAACCCAACCAUAGCCUUACCAACCCAACCGUAGCUUGUCGGUUAGCUUGUCACCUUUCAUAAGCCUGUCUUAAUUACUCAUUUACUUUGUAAAUAUUGGUGCCAAUGCAUUUGAAUUGUCUAAUUUUCAGUGACAGCGAAGCUUGGCGAGUGGUCAGCAUGGGAAAGCUGUUCAAAGACGUGCGGUUACGGUGACUUGUGGCGGAGGUGCUAUGAGUCGUUUCCGAAACUGUUCCGAUCCUCUUCCGAUGCAUGGCGGAAAAGGAUGUGAAAGAAUCGGUUCCGCGUUUGGCAUCAAGUCGUGUGGAGAUAACUAUUGCCCAGGUAUGUUCUCUUCUACAGCUCAUAUCUCAAAAACCUUUCAACAAUUACGAUAUUACCAUAGCUAUAAAUAGAAGAGAUGGUUUGGAACCCAUUAGAAUAUAACAAUAACUGAUUAUCUAAUUAUCUAUGUUAAUCAACGUUUAUACAUGUUUAUAAAUGUCGCCAAAUCCACCAAUAGCAAUUUUUAAAUUACCCAAUUGUGAAAGUCACGGAUAGAUAAAUUUCCUAAAACAUUGCUUUUGGUUGGUUGACCACAUUUCUACAUAAACCUAAACAAAAACAUAGAUAUUUUAAUUCUAUUAACUAUGAUAUUACGGAACACUUCACCUAUCCUCAGCGAGGUGAUUUUGUUACGAACUGAAUAUCAACCUUAAAAUGGAUGUUUUAUAUAGUUGAUGGUGGUUACUCGAUGUGGUCAGAGUUUGGGCCGUGCUCUCGAACUUGUGGUACUGGGUACCAGAAACGUAAGAGAACUUGCACCAGUCCCUCUCCUGAACACGGCGGGAAGGAUUGUUUCCAGUUUGGAUACACUGAAGAUGUUCAGGAAUGCGCAGCUGAUCCUUGUCCUAGUAAGUUUUAUUGUGUACUUAUAAGGUUGUCAGGGAAGGUUGGCAGGACGGGUUAGUAUAAACACAGUUAAGAAAAGUAGUAUCACAAUUGUUGUAAAAGAUAAUUAGAAAAGCGGAAUCUACACGUAAAUUUUUGCUAUAGAAAUCUUAAUCUAAGGUAGUUGUAUUCGUUUAUAUUUUCAGUCAGUGGCAACUUCAGUGAUUGGUCGGAUUGGUCAAACUGCUCGGCAUCAUGUGGUAAUGGUGUGAUGGUAAGGUCAAGGUCAUGUAAUACCCCUGCGCCAAGUUUUGGCGGCCAAGAUUGUACAUCAUUGGGUCCUCAAAUUGAACAAAGAAACUGCGUGACGGAGUCAUGCCCUGGUAAGUAGAUAUUAUCGUGUUAAGGCGACUAAUGAGAUACGAUUUUUCUUUUUGAAAUUUGGGUACAUGAACUGGCCCUUCAAUCUUUGUGUUUAAAAUCAGUAGCUGUUUGAUUAUAACUAGUCUAUAGUAUUGGAAUGCAUAAUAAAAACGCUUCCCAUGGUUUGAAAUUUGCAGUAUUCCGAUAUUCACAUGCAGGAUACUAAAAUUUUAUUUUGGAUGGAUAGAAGAACAUUUCAAACAUUUAGAUAGAUAGCAUUUAAAAUCGGUCUUACAGACAACUCGUGGAAAUUAAUAUUGUAAGUUACUGUAGGUGGCUUCAAUUUCUGGCAACUUGUGCACUGCUUAGUACUAGUAUAAAUGCGAGAGACAGUCACAUGGAAACUUUGUUAUACUUGGGUCCUGAAUACCAAAACUUAUGGUAAUUAGUAUUCAGAAGUGGGAUACAUGAUUCUCUGAAGGGAUGCUAAAACAUGGAACUCUGGUAUCCCAAGUGGAUACUGAAAGAAAUUUAAAUUUCGGACCCUGCUAUUCAUGGAGAUGGUUUCUCAAAACGCUAACGUGUAUUUGUUCCUUGUAGAGCAUUGUUCAUGUGGGGGCUGGACUGGCUGGUCUGAAUGUACGCGGUCAUGUGGGGGUGGCUUCCAGACACGGAAGAGGCAAUGUACCCCACCUAAAUCUGGCCUUGAAUCUUGUACCAACGAAGAACAAGAAACACAACUGUGCAAUUUGAAUGUUUGCCCUGGUAUGUUGAGUUACUGUUUUAUUUGCUUGAAAAGUAGUUGGCCGGUAAAUUUUACUACUUAGGUAUAUAUCAGUUGUAUUUCACAUAUUACCGCUUGGAAAUACCCUAACCCAAACCCUGUUUAAGUGCGGAAAAUCACAGUCUAUGCCCAACCAAACUGCAGCCAGACCACUGCUUAACCUCAACCCAAACCACAGUUUAACCUCAAACCAACCGCAAAUCGAUCCGCAACCUAAAAACCGCAGAGUAAGGUUACUUUUAUAAGGGUACAUUGAAUGUUUCAUUAAUAAGCCAUUUUAAGAUACAGGAAACUCAAAGUUCUCACAAGUAAAUGUUAUAGCAGUGUUUUUGACUUAAACAUGUUUCAUGUUUUCUUUCUACGUUUUAAAUAUUAUAAUUAGAAAUGUAAAUAUUUCGAUCUUGCUUUAGUGGAUGGGCAAAUUGGUUCAGUAUACUAAUGUGGAACUCUACUCAACACAAAGCCUCUGUUUUGAUCUCUUCAAACUGUCAUUCAUACGAUUGAUAAUAUACGAUAAGAUUUCAUUACAAUUAUUUGUUUGGGUGAAUUUGUUUUAGUCGUCGUCGCUUUGCCGUCCUACAUCUUAAGCUCCCUACUAGACUAACUUGAAAGGUCUGUACCUGUGUAGGUUGUGGCAAUAAUAAGAAAGUUUCAGAUUGAUAGGGAUACAACUACCUGAAAAAUACAAGGAGAACUUCGACGGCUUCGACGUUCUCCUUGUAUAUUUCAGUUAGUUGCGUCCUUAUCUAUCCGAAGAUUUCUCAACACUAGAGUAAUACUGGACUCCUAGGGAGAACAGAUUAGAAUUGUUCAAGCAAUCGAGUAUAAAUAGAGUUAGUAGUGAUUGUAUAUAUAUAUAAACUUUGUUCUGUUUCUCUUCCAGUAAAUGGCAAGUACAAUUCAUGGUCAGUGUGGAGCGCGUGUUCAUCUACAUGUGGCCUGGGACAAAAGAAACGAUCUCGCACGUGCAAUAAUCCGAGUGCAUCAUACGGGGGACUGGAUUGCACUCGUUAUGGUGCCAAUGAGCAAGCUGUGGACUGCUUUGUAGCUGACUGCCCAGGUAGAGUUUACAUACAGUUGUAACACACACGUUCAGGCUGAGUGUAUGCGGGUGCGGGCCGGGUACCACCUAUAAGGAAGGUUUACCAUAUGUGAAGUCAGUGAGGAAGGUAUAUUGCAAAUUGAAAAAGCCAUAAUUCACAUUAUUUUGAGGAAGGUUUGGAAACCUGAAAUCUUAACAACCGGAAGGUUGAACAGGUUUAUGCAACUCUGGUUCAAGUUUGCGCGUUGCUAAACCAUCCAUUGGAAAGGGAAAGUUGACAGGGUGGGCUAGGAUAAACAUAGUUAGUAAUAUCACAAUUUUUGUAAAGAUAAAUAGUCUAGGCUAAUAUAAGUAAGCGUAAUACUUGAUGUAAUUGGUCACUGAAAAGCCCCGAUGGAGAGUGGGCUGUAUGUAUUCUUGGAUGUAUUCUUGGAUUGUUAUCGUUAAACCUAUAUAUCCAGCAGUGCAUCAAAUGAUAUUCAUGUUUUGUUGCAGUUGAUGGCGCAUUCUCUCAGUGGACUGACUGGAGCGAAUGUUCGAAGUCAUGUGGAUGGGGGCAUCAGUCACGUGAGCGUGACUGCAAUUCACCAGAGCCAUCACGUGGUGGAAAAGACUGCACUGCAUUUGGUGAUUCCAAUGAACUACAAGCGUGUAUGAUUGUUGAAUGCCCAGGUAACCAUUCAAUUAUUGAUUGUUGUAAUGUUAUAGAAAUGAUAAUAAUCAUUGCGUUAUUUCCUCUUUAGUGGAUGGCAAGCACACAGCGUGGAUGCCCUGGGGCGAGUGUUCAAAGACGUGUGGUGAAGGGCGAAAAAGACGUAAGAGAGAGUGUACCGCGCCUAAACCUGACUUCGGAGGCAAGACAUGCGCAGAACAGAAGCUUGGCGAUACGGCUGAGACGACGAGUUGCAACCUUGGACCAUGCCCUAGUGAGUAUAAUGUCGUAACUAUCAGUUAAAAUGAGAAAGGAUUUUUCUGAUUUCUUUGUAAACAGUCAGUGCAAUAUCAUGGCGUAUCAUGUUCUUAUCACGUGUACUUGUUGUAGAUGCGGGAGACUGGGGCGAGUGGUCAGCGUGGUCGUACUGUUCAGCUACAUGUGGUCGUGGUAAGAUGGAAAGGUCACGUCAAUGUGAUUCUCCAGAACCUGUGGGCGGAGGAAAACCUUGUAUAGGACUGUUGACACAGCAGAAGGACUGUAGUAUACGAGAUUGUCCAGGUUUGUAGAACUUAAGAGCUAUUUCUGCAAUGUGUAUACAGCAUACCCUUCCGCUCAGAAAUAACCCACAGAAUCCAUGGUUUAAAUUCCGUAUAUCUUGGAUCCGCCAAUCUACAACCGCAGCUAAAGCGUGAGCUAAUCCCAACCAAACCAUACCACAAAUACCGAACCGCUAAUUUAAGAAGAACUAAAAAUUGCGAUAGCACGGAACUCAGUAAUUCCAAAUCCAGUUGGGUUGUUCCUACUUCAGUUUGAGAUGUUGGAAUUUCUUGACUGAAAAUGUGAGCCAUUUUAGCGGUUGUUCAAUAUGGUUGCAAGUGAUGGUGAACAAGAAAUUAUGUCUAGAGUCACUUAAUUUAUUCUGCUUUAUCUAGUGAAUGGCAACUACACGAACUGGGGGAAAUGGACGGAAUGCGAUGCUAAAUGUGGCAAUGGAUUUCAGACUCGCUGGAGAUCUUGUUCAAACCCCGUAUCUACGGGUGGUGGCCAGGAAUGCGCGGAAUAUGGAGCAGACUCUGAAUCGAAACCUUGCUUCAAGAAACCAUGUAAAGGUGAGUAUUAUGUCUUUUAUAUAUUUGAAUUACAGUGUUUAGUUAAUUCACAUGGCUUUAUCUCUGCGAGCGGGGUUUUAUUUCUGCGGCUGUAUGCAGUAUUCUGAUUUUAAUCUUGCCUCUGUUCCAUGUGGGAAGAAUGCUUCUAGUUUAGCUCUUCCAAACACAGCGCGGUUUUUGGGUUGUCGAUCCAGCAUAUAAGAACAGUUAAAUUUCCUGCCGUGGUAGCACCGGCUCAAUUGGGACUAAUAGUUGGGUUACCCUGUAUAAAAAAGUUAGCCUAUAGUUUUUAUUUCAAUGGUGAAAAAAACUCGAGGUCAACCAUUUAUGAUUGAUGACAUUUUCCCUUCUGUUAUAGUCGAUGGUUCGUGGGGUCAGUGGGCUCAGUGGUCAAUGUGUAGCAAGACAUGUGGUGAUGGGGGACAAGUUCGUAGCCGGGUAUGUGACGAUCCCAAACCUGCCGCCGGGGGAGCCACGUGUGUUGGAACUGCCACUCAGGAGAAGUAUUGCAGAACGCGUGAUUGUUGUAAGUGUAGCUGCAUAAAAACAAAAUUAAAAAUAUUGUAUAUUAAACUGGUAUUUCUGAGGGGUUCUGAUUGAGUUUAUUUGACGUACUUUAGGUGAUAUCCCGUAUGUGGAUCUUGGCUGUUUUGUCGACACAGGAAAGCCAUCUACAAUGCCUGAGAUGCUUCUAACAGACACAGACUCCCAAAGUCCUCUGUUCAGCGGCGUUGGCAUAAAACGUGGUAUUAAGGACUGGGAUGAUUAUAUGUUGAAUUUAAUAUGUCGGUAGGUUGACUGAAGAAGUUUGCUUGUUUAUAUAGUGGACGAAUCUGGGCAACGAAAAUGUACUGUAGCUCAUCUUGAAGGGAUAUUUGUAGAUGGAGUGUAAAAAACCCUUUAGCAUUUAGUUUUAUCAAGUAAGAUGUCCAAAAUCCUAAAUAUUAUUUAUUUUCUGUAGUUGUGCCCAAAUAACGAAUGAGAAAGGUUACUCUCACUUUGGUAUUCAAAAUCUUGGCGAAUGUCGAUCCGGAGUGAACGUUGGCAAUUCUUACUCAAGUCAAGGAGCUCGUGUUGCCUACACGCACCAGGGCCCCAGGCCGUGGGUCGGAUGUCUUGGGAAAGGCAUGCAGCAGUGCAGACGACCUUCGCUCAGUUGUGUUGGACAAGAUCAAACUAACUAUGUUUAUGGACUAAAGGACAGUAAGUGUCGAGGUCUUUUAACAGUGCCCAGAAAAUACCAGACAUCUUCCUCAGUUUUUAUUUUUUCAAGCUAUGCGACUGUGGUAAUUCCCUGUCUAAAAUUUUAAUUUCGCCUCAGGGACAUUGGCGAAAGUGGUUAAAAUUUGACUUUAUCAAGAACCAAUUGUAGAAGAAUUGUAUACCUUUAUUAGACCUAACCGGGAGUGUUUGCCCUGAUAUUUACCAAGAACCCCGAUUUUUCUCUACACAUUCCUCCUCUAAUAACACUGAACGAGUAAGGGAUGAUGAGACUAGAGGGUUGUACCUCAGGAGAGAAUUAUGUAGUUGAGAGUAUUAUAUAGUAUAAAUAAAGUUUGAUUAGAUUAGUUUUGGUCCUGUUUGUUUUGACAAUUCAAGAGAUAGGGACUCAAUCUACAUUAGGAUGUUAGGGUUUGUAAUCCAAGUGAGAAUAUAUACAUUUUAAGACCUAACCAGGAACGACUGCGAAAAAUGCAGCACAAGGUCCUCUGGUAGGAAUCGACCCUACGGCCCUGCGAUUCCGGAGCAGGUCCGGAAUCGCAGGGCUCCGGAAUCGCAGGGCCGUAGGUUCGAUUCCUACCAGAGGACCUUGUGCUGCAUUUUUCGCAGUCGUUCCUGGUUAGGUCUUAAAAUGUAUAUAUUCUCACUUGGAUUACAAACUCUAACAUCUAAUAUUAAUUCCACCAAGUGAAGUGCAAGAACUAAGUUAUUCAAGUCCGACUCAAUCUACACCUACCUUGCAAUAUAAUAGCUACUACAUGUACUGAGAGGGUAACAAAUUGUCGUCUUCAGAUUACUGUCAUUGAACUAACCAACAUUCCUUAACUUGCAGUUGGUCCUCUGAACGGCAACUAUACAGCCUGGUCAAUGUGGUCUUCUUGUUCAAAGAGUUGUAAUCGCGGAAUUACGUCGCGUCGUCGAAGUUGUACGAACCCACCGCCACUUUACGACGGCAAGGAUUGCGAAGAGAUUGGAGCUGAUGAGGAGAUACAAGAAUGCUUCCUUAAACCUUGUGCGGGUAUGAAUCACUUGUGUUUGUAAUUUACUACUUCUUCUAAAUAAUUAUUUGACUUUAUUUUGUGUUGUGAUAAAUCUCACCACAAUAAGAAAUUCCAGUGAUUUCUUAAUAAAUUAUAUUCGUGAUGGAACCUUUUAUCACUCCAGGCUUGUGUCUUCAUCACAAAUUAUCUAAAGUCGAACUUUUUCUCUGCCAACAACAUAAAGAUAUAUAAAACCUUAUUGGUUAAAUUUUAUCUCAUUUCCCAUCAGUCAGGUUAAUGUAAUCAGGAAUCUGGUUUAUGUAUGCCCAGGACGUCCUUGUUGAAAAAAACAGACUAUGUGAGGUGGAUAUAUAACCAGAGCCCCUGGUUAUAUCCUUUUCGUGUUUCCAUGGAUCCGUAGAAAAACAUGUUUGUAUGAGCUCAACGAACUUUACCAAAAAAUUUUCUUGUUUUUUAGUCAAUGGUGCGUGGAGUGGCUGGGCAAUAUGGAGUGACUGCUCUUCUUCAUGCGGUACUGGAAGAAGAACACGUAUCCGAGGAUGUAACAGUCCAAAUCCUUCGAAUGGCGGAGAUCUGUGCAGUGGACCUGAUACUGAGAUUGCUGAAUGUUAUAAGAAAGACUGCCCAGGUAUGGAUUUGUUUUCAUCAACUUUAUUAAUUCCAGUAAUAUAAACCUUUAGAUUCCUAAAAACCUUAGCAGUUUUCGUCACCGGAAUUUUUUACAAUGAUAUUUCUCUUCACUUAAAUUUCUUCAUAUCCAUCCCGUUGACUAAAAUUCGGUUAGGAAUGAAAUAUGCCAAAAACACGUUUCCUAUUGAGUCACAUCAAACAAAACACAAGAAAAAUGUAGACUAUUUCACAUUGUUAAAUAUAACUUGGUCACGGCAAUUUUGAACAACGUUCAAGGGUUGAUGAAAUUAAGUUAAAGUUAAGAGACGAUACAAUUAAGGCGGCAGCAAUUCACAUCAAUUAUAUUCCUCGCUAAAUCGAGACUUAGAUAUUAUCUUGUAUUUCUAGUUGAUGGUAGAUGGUCAGACUGGCAAGCUUGGGAUCCAUGUUCAGUUAGCUGUGGUUUUGGCGUUCAACUACGAACUCGGUAUUGUAACAAUCCAGCUCCAGUGAGCGGCGGGAAAAUAUGUGAAGGAGACUUGGUCGAGAGCUCACCUUGUGAGGCUAAACCAUGUCGUAAGUAUUAAAGUACAUUGUGUCAGUAGUGACCAGCUUAAUGAUAAGAACAAUGUAUAAAGUGAUGUCCGAGACACAGCGGUUAUUGCUUGUGUCUUUCACUUGGUAUAUCAAUCAUGUUUCGCUCCCUACUCUGGUUUAAAUAAAUGAUUACAAAGCCCAGUCGAAUUGUAAUCAAGACCCAACGUUUCGACACUCCAGUCUAGUGUCUUCAUCAGAGGUGAUCUAAAUUUGUAAUCGUGGCUUCUUAAAUACCCAAGGGAUGACGUCACCUGUCAAUGAGAUGCAUGUAUUCUUCUGGCAAAUAGGCACCGUCAUCCCUAUUCAAAGCAUGAUUACUCAUAUUUAUAUGCCACGCUUCUAGGCAUAAUCUUUGACCAUAGCGAUUGUUUGGUAAUUACUUUAGAGUUUUCCCACCCAAUCUCUUGUUUGGUGUCACACACAUGUACUGCUAAAGCUGAUUUUCCCUUGUUUAAAGUUGAAACACUAUAAUUUCACCACCCUCACAUGUGAGAAGUAUGAUUCAGUUUUUCUAAGUUUAACCAAGCACCACAGAUUUCCUCAGUAGACUUAGUCAUAUCUGAUAGAGCUAUCCAGAUUUCCUUAUGUUGGAACUCUAGGAAGAACGGUAUAGAACUAUUAGAGAUAUCCAGUCCAAAGAACGUUCUUAGUUGAUCUAACCUAAACCUCUAUUUCAGCAAUAUAUGGUGGAUAUGCGGAUUGGUCUAACUGGUCAGUUUGCUCUCGCUCUUGUGGACGAGGUUCAAAAGCUAGAGUCAGGAAAUGUAUCAAUCCUCUGCCUCGCUAUGGAGGCGAGUCGUGUGAGAAACUGGGGCCCGCUGUGGAAAAGACACAUUGCAAUGCCAACCCAUGUCCAGGUAUGAUGUAUAACAACACAAAUUUCCUGGAUCGUCACACCAGGGACUAUUAAUUGUGGUCUACAUUUCGAAUAUAUCUGUCAUCAAUAAUAUUGGCAACAUCUUCUAUAUGUGGCAAAAUUCUAAAUCGGUUGAAAUAAGUUCACGCCCAGUUACGUUAAUAACGCCAUGGAACGUAAUUUGAACGCCAUUGGAAUGCUAAUAGAACGCAAUAGAAUCUGCUAGGCUAUUUCUUAAAGUUCUAGCUUUAUCGACCUGGACGUUAAAAUAUGCAUUUGCCGGAACUUUGUAUAUGGUUUAUUCAACACUUAACGCACUGAUGUGACGCUGGUACCCGAAUCCUAAAAUCAUGCUCUAUACGUUAUGUCUUAUAUCUAGUCCACAAUUAGUUGUCUUACAGUUAUUUUCGUUAUGCAAGCCCGAGCCUCUUUCUCUUCACCUUUAGACCAUAGAUAUCUUAUAUAAACUAGAUCUAGGCAUCUCUUUUAGUAAAAUUGAAGCCAAGAAUAUUCCAGCGGUUACCCCCAUUUGAAUAGAUGGCGGCCUCGCUAAUAAACGCUUAAAAAACAACAAUAACUUUCAUCAUUUGAAUAGUUUGAAAAUGUAUUUGGAAUAGGUUUAACUUAAUGUUUAAGUUCUCUGUUUAAGAAAUAGAAAACAUACAGUCUUCUCAUUUCAUGGAAAUAUCCUGAGUCUGCAAUCACGGCUUCGAUUUUUGAAUUGCAGAAUAAUUAGAUGCACUAUCUAGUGUAUAUAAGAUAUCUAUGCUUAAGACCUUGAAUCUUGGCUAUAAAAUAUAUUAUUUCACUUGUGCCUUGGUUGUAUCAUUCCUACCUAAGGCGUGAAAUUAUGAGUUCAGUCAAAACCUGUAUACAUUGUCUUGUAUUUAGUCCAAGGCAACUGGGGAUCAUGGAAUGCUUGGAGCAAGUGCUCGGCUCACUGUGGACCUGGGGUGAGAACACGUGACCGCAGAUGUAACAAUCCCUAUCCAAAUUACGGGGGAGCGUCCUGUGUUGGCAAGGGUCACGAGUCGACUGUUUGUAGCAUGCCUGACUGUCCCAUCGAUGGUGACUGGGGCGCUUGGUCUGAUUGGUCAGAUUGCCAGAGUGAUUGUGGUAUAGCAACAAGACAUCGUACUCGUGCCUGCAUUGAUCCUCCACCUGCACAUGGCGGGCGGGGCUGUGAAGGUGAUGCUGAGGAAUAUCACGAUUGCAAGUUGGAUCAUUGUCCUAGUGAGUAUUGCGCAAUAACUGUUCUACAUUUAGAUAAGUUAAUUGUAGUGAUAUGAAACGUCGAAAAUUGCGUUGGGAACCGAAGCGCUACUACAAUUUUGAACCACUUCGAGUUUAAGAUGUAGGGGCAAAAUUUGAUUAGUCGUUUAGUCAUAAUUCAUGAAUAUAUUGAUAGAUAUGUACACUGUACAUACAGUACAUGCAUACAUCACAUUAUUGACUUCAGGGGUCUGCGUUUUGAGCGCUUACAGCCCAGGGAGGCCGUGGGCUAGACCGCUACACCUCAUUUAAAAUAGUUUCCAUGUUUUACAUGUCUAUCCUAUCUUACUCCACCUUACCAGUCAUAUUUUAUCUUACAGUCGACGGUGCGUAUUCAGACUGGAGCGCUUGGGGGCUGUGAUCAACCGUGUGGAUCUGGACACAAUUGCGUGUGCGAUCUUGUUCCAACCCAGACCUCAGUUUGGUGGUAUGAACUGC